AUGCAUAUUUGCAGCGGAAACAAAGUUUUACUCAUUGGGCUCUACGCCAGUGACCCCAUAAAGCUCUUUACGUUCUCUGGGAUCUUCUUCUCCAAGUCGAGCAAAGACAGUACUGUCAAAGACAUGGAUGCAGAGGAACACAAAUUGCCACUCAGCCAGAAUCCAGAGUGGGCAGACGUGACACCAAUCCCACAAGAUGAUGGACCAAACCCAGUUGUCCCUAUCGCUUACAAGCCAGAAUUCGUUGAAACCAUGGGCUAUUUCCGUGCUGUUUAUAAAGCUAAUGAGUUAUCUCCUCGUGCACUUCAACUCACUUACCGAGCUAUUCUCUUGAAUCCUGGCAAUUACACUGUGUGGCAUUUCAGAAGAUUGAUACUUGAGGGAUUGGGUAUAGACUUGCACGAAGAACUGGAUUUUAUUUUGGGGAUUUCAGAGAAUAACCCCAAAAAUUAUCAGAUUUGGCAUCAUAGGCGGUGGAUUGCCGAGAAAUUGGGAACAGAUGCUGCAUAUAAGGAGCUUGAGUUUACUAGGAAGAUGCUUUCCCUUGAUGCUAAAAAUUAUCAUGCCUGGUCUCAUAGGCAGUGGGUAUUACAGGCUUUAGGAGGGUGGGAAAAUGAACUCGACUAUUGUUAUCGGCUGCUUGAAGAAGAUGUUUUCAAUAAUUCUGCUUGGAAUCAAAGAUAUUUUGUGGUAAUUAGAUCUCCCCUCCUGGGAGGCCUAGAAGCCAUGAGAGAAUCCGAAGUAAAGUAUACUGUAGAAGCCAUUUCAGCCAAACCUGAGAAUGAGAGCCCAUGGAGAUAUCUUCGCGGCCUCUACAAAAAUGACCCCAAGUCUUGGAUCAAUGAUCCUCAAGUUUCUUCUGUAUGCUUGAAGGUUUUGAGUGCUGAAACCAACCAUGUCUUUGCUCUGAGCACACUUUUGGAUCUUCUCUGCCAUGGGUUCCAAGCUAACCAACAGUUUAGAGAUGCUGUAGAUUCUCUGAGGCCUUCAAACUCCGACCCGCCAGAUUCGGACUUGGCAAAAACAAUUUGUUCAAUCUUGCGGCAUAUAGACCCAAUGAGAGUUAACUAUUGGACAUGGCGCAAGAGCAAGCUGCCUGCAUCAGUCUAA